AAAAAUCGCUGAUCCCUCUUGACUGUUGAACUUCUUUGGAGAAGUCUGGAAGAAGCAGAUUUCUAUGCUAGAGCCAAAUUCCUGAUUUCCUUAUCAUAGUUUCAGAUGGAUAACGGUUAAGGAACCAUCUGAAAUUCAAUUCAAAAAGAAGAUAAAGGUAGUGAUAAUGUGUAUAAGUCUGCAGGUUUAUCUACCAGAGAUAACUUUGGUGUGAGAAAAUUUAAUGUGAGAUCAGCAUUGGAAUUUGUUGCCUGCUCCAAUCAAGAUUUGUAGACCACAAAAAAAAUCCUUCAGAAGUUUGCACCUGUAAAUUUAUACCAAGAUAAUUUCAGAAUGUCCAGCAAGGAAGUAAAGACUGCUCUAAAAAGUGCUAGAGAUGCAAUCAGAAACAAAGAAUACAAAGAAGCUUUGAAACAUUGUAAGACAGUGUUAAAACAAGAGAAAAAUAACUACAAUGCCUGGGUUUUCAUUGGUGUUGCUGCAGCCGAGCUAGAGCAGCCUGAUCAGGCCCAGGGAGCCUAUAAGAAAGCUGCUGAACUAGAGCCAGACCAAUUACUAGCUUGGCAGGGGUUAGCAAGCUUGUAUGAGAAAAGUAGUCACAUAAAUGCUAAGGAUGACUUACCUGGGGUUUACCAGAAGCUCCUGGAUCUUUAUGAAAGUGUCGACAAGCAGAAGUGGUGUGAUGUCUGUAAGAAACUUGUGGAUCUGUAUUACCAAGAAAAGAAACACGUAGAGGUGGCCCGAACAUGGCACAAAUUGAUAAAGACACGGCAGGAAGAAGGUGCAGACAACAAAGAGCUUCAUCAGCUAUGGAAGAAAUUGACUCAGUUGCUGGCUGAGAGUACUGAGGAUCAGAAUAAUGAGACCCAGCAAUUGCUUUUAACUGCUUUUGAGAAUGCACUGAGCUUAUCAGAUAAGAUUCCUGGUGAAGAUCACCAAGUACUUUAUAGACAUUUCAUUCAGUGUUUAUCCAAAUUUCCUCAUGAGAUGGCUAGGUUGAAGAAGGCCUGUGAAGGAAUGAUAAACACCUAUCCCACUGUACAAUAUCCAUUAGAAGUGCUUUGUUUGCAUUUAAUUGAAUCAGGAAGUCUUACUGAUGAGGGAUAUCAGUAUUGUUGUAGACUAGUGGAAAUGGAUUCAAAAAAUGGUGCAGCCCUCAUUGGUUUAGGCAUUAAAGCAUUACAAGACAAAAAGUAUGAAGAUGCUGUUAGGAGUUUAACAGAAGGAUUAAAUGAAAGCCCUCUCUGCACAACUGGAUGGUAUCAUCUGGCAGAAGCCCAAGUCAAAAUGCAUAGACCUAAGGACGCUGUUCUUUCAUGCAAUCAAGCUCUGAAGAACGUAGAUAAUCUGGGUGUGUCUGGUGGCAGUCUUCAUCAGAAGAAUCUUUGUCUUCGUUUGAAAGCAGAGGCUUUGAUUAAACUCUCAGAUUGUGAAUCUUCAGAGGAAGCAAUUCGUACUCUUGAUCAGGUUUCUGAUGCAAAUAAUAUCCCAGGAAUUUUGGUUCUCAAAAGCUUGGCCUAUCUGAACAAAGGCUCAUUAGCUGAAGCUUCAAAGAUUAUGGAAGACCUUCUCUCUUCUUACCCCGACCUAGCUGAAGCUCAUGCCCUGGAGGCUUUGAUUCACUUUACCAAAAAGGACUAUCUACAAGCAGAAAAAUGUUUUCAGAGAGCUCUUGAGAAAGAUGCUGAAGUUGCUGAGUAUCACUACCAACUUGGAUUAACAUAUUGGUUCAUGGGUGAAGAAACGAGAAAAGAUAAAACAAAGGCUCUUACCCACUUUCUAAAGGCUGCCAGACUGGACACAUACAUGGGCAAAGUUUUCUGCUAUUUAGGUCAUUAUUACAGAGAUGUAGUAGGAGAUAAAAACAGAGCCCGUGGAUGUUAUAGGAAAGCUUUUGAAUUAGAUGACACCGAUGCUGAGUCUGGAGCUGCAGCAGUUGACCUAAGCGUGGAGCUUGAGGAGAUGGAAACUGCCCUGGCUAUCCUAACAACAGUCACUCAAAAGGCAAGUGCUGGAACAGCAAAAUGGGCCUGGCUUAGGCGAGGACUAUACUAUUUGAAAGCUGGUCAACAUUCUCAAGCAGUGGCUGAUUUACAGGCAGCAUUAAGGGCAGACCCAAAGGACUUCAAUUGUUGGGAGUCAUUAGGAGAGGCUUACUUAAGCAGAGGUGGCUACACAACAGCCUUGAAAUCCUUCACGAAAGCCAGUGAGCUGAACCCAGAAUCCACAUACAGUGUGUUUAAGGUUGCAGCAAUACAGCAAAUCCUAGGCAAAUAUAAGGAGGCUGUAGCUCAGUACCAGCUGAUCAUUAAAAAGAAAGAAGAUUAUGUGCCUGCUUUGAAAGGUUUGGGUGAAUGCCAUCUCAUGAUGGCAAAGGCAGCUCUAGUCGAUUAUCUUGAUGGGAAAGCUGUAGACUACGUAGAGAGAGCGCUGGAAUAUUUUACUUGGGCUCUGCAGCAUCGAGCUGAUGUGUCUUGCCUUUGGAAGCUAGUUGGGGAUGCUUGUACGAGUCUGUAUGCUGUCUCACCAUCUAAAGUGAAUGUUAAUGUUUUAGGAGUCCUUCUGGGUCAAAAAGAAGGAAAACAAGUAUUAAAGAAAAAUGAGCUCCUUCAUCUUGGAGGAAGGUGUUAUGGUCGUGCAUUAAAACUGAUGUCUACAUCUAAUACAUGGUGUGAUCUUGGAAUUAAUUAUUAUCGCCAAGCACAACAUCUAGCAGAAACAGGCAGCAGCACAAGUGAUCUUAAAGAGUUGUUGGAGAAGUCUUUACAUUGUCUGAAAAAGGCAGUGAGACUUGACAGUAAUAAUCACUUAUACUGGAAUGCCCUUGGUGUGGUUUCGUGUUACAGUGGUAUUGGAAAUUACGCCCUUGCUCAGCACUGUUUCAUCAAAUCAAUCCAGUCGGAACAAAUUAAUGCUGUUGCAUGGACCAACUUGGGAGUGUUAUACCUUGCAAAUGAAAACAUUGAGCAAGCUCAUGAGGCUUUCAAAAUGGCUCAGUCCCUUGAUCCAUCUUAUUUAAUGUGCUGGAUUGGACAAGCUCUUAUUGCAGAGACAAUUGGAAGUUAUGACACUAUGGAUCUCUUUAGGCACACUACAGAACUCAAUAUGCAUACGGAGGGAGCAAUAGGUUAUGCCUAUUGGGUCUGUACAACAUUGCAAGAUAAAAGCAACAGAGAAACAGAGCUGUACCGGUACAACAUCGUCCAGAUGAAUGCUAUUCCAGCAGCACAAGUUGUUUUGAGUAAAUACAUAGAAAGAAUUCAGAAUUAUGCUCCAGCUUUCACAAUGUUGGGCUACUUAAAUGAACAUCUGCAAUUGAAAAAGAAAGCAGCAGAUGCAUACCAAAGGGCAAUUUUGUUGUUACGGACUGAAGAAGACCAAGAUACUUACAAUGUUACAGUAAGAAAUUAUGGCAGAUUAUUAUGUUCCAUUGGUGAAUAUGAUAAAGCUAUCCAGGUUUUUAAGUCAACGCCUCUUGAGGAGUUAGAAGACAUCAUAGGUUUUGCGUUGGCUUUAUUUAUGAAGGGUCUGUAUAAAGAGAGCAGCAAAGCCUAUGAGAGAGCAUUGUCUAUUGUUGAAUCAGAGCAAGACAAAGCCCAUAUCUUGACAGCUCUGGCAAUAACAGAGUAUAAACAAGGAAAAAUGGAUGUAGCCAAGACGUUGCUAUUUAAAUGCUCUAUCUUAAAGGAACCAACCACAGAAAGCCUUCAAACCCUGUGUGCUCUAGGACUGGCCAUGCAGGAUGCUACGCUGUCAAAGGCGGCACUUAAUGAGCUACUGAAGCGCAUCAAAGAGAAAGACAGCGCUUUCCAGAGGUGCCUUCUCACUUCAGCGAUUUAUGCACUGCAAGGCCGCAGCGUGGCAGUGCAGAGACAGGCAUCUAAAGCCGUCCACAGUAACCCAGCCGAUCCUGCUCUUUGGUCUCUGUUGUCCCGAGUGGUUGCUCAGUAUGCUCAACGAAAUGCAAAGGGAGGUGCUGUAGCAGGAAAUGUGGCUCAUAUUCUGGACUCAAAUCAUGGAAAGAAGGCAUUACUGUACACUGCAGUAAAUCAGUUGGCUAUGGGAAGCAGUUCAGUGGAAGAUGAAAAAAAUAUUGCACUAAAGACCAUUCAGAAGGCAGCUCUCCUUUCUCCAGGUGAUCCUGCUGUCUGGGCUGGGCUAAUGGCAGCCUGUCAUGCUGACGAUAAACUGGCUCUAGUGAACAACACUCAGCCGAAGAGGAUGGAUUUAUAUUUGGCACUGUUAUCUGCUGUUUCUGCUUCAAUUAAGGACAAAAAAUUCCUUGAAAAUUACAACCAAUCUCUUGAAAAGUGGUCUCUCUCCCAAGCUGUCACUGGUCUGAUCGACACAGGAAGGCUAUCUGAAGCCGAAGCCCUCUGUACAAAGAAGUUAAAAAGUAACCCUGAUCAGCCAGCUGUUAUCUUACUGUUGAGACAAGUUCAGUGUAAACCGCUCCUGCAGUCACGAAAGUCUCUCCCGGAUGCUGUUCUUGAAGAACUGCAGAAAACAGUCAUGUCCAACUCGACCUCUGUUCCAGCGUGGCAGUGGCUGGCACAUAUAUAUCAGUCCCAAGGGAUGAUGGGUGCUGCGGAGAUGUGUUAUAGGAAGAGUCUACAAGUAGCAUCCCAACAGGGCAGUUGGAGUGGGAAGCUCUCAAGUCUGUUGAGACUAGCCCUGCUUGCGUUAGAAGUCUGCAUGGCUAAUAUUUCCAAUAAUCACUGGCCAUCCUUGGUUCAAGAAGCCACAACGGAGGCCUUGAAACUUUGCUUUUGUCCACUAGCUGUCUUUUUACAAGCUUUGUUACAAUUCAACCGCAAAAUGGGGGCAAGAGAGACACGGCGACUUUUGGAGAGAGUGGUGUAUCAGCCUGGGUAUCCCAAAUCUAUUGUAUCAACUGCUCGUUGGUACCUACUGAGACAUUUACAUGCCAAAAAUGACUACGAGCUCAUUGAUGUGCUGGUAAACAAUGCCAAAACUCAUGGAGACACGAGAGCAUUGGAAUUGAAUCAGAAAUUGUCCUCAGAAUAACAAUGCAUUAUUUUACAGUAAGCAAGCAAAGAAAAGCUAUUAGAAAGAAUGAAACAAUAAAUUAAGACUUUUCCCCAAAGCAACAGAUUAAAAAACUAUAGUUAUAAUCACCCAUUCUUUUUUUCAGUCUAAAGAUGUUUUAAGUUCUUAAGCUAGAGGUGUAAUUUUCCAUAAACUCUUAAUAUAAGUUUAAUCUGAAAAAUAUAUUUGAUUUUAAGAAGUCCAUAAUGAAAGGAAAAACCAUGAUUCCUUUAGUUGUUCAACAGUUGUUUGUAAACCAUUAUUUUCUUCAUCUUGCAUGGUGCACAAUAGGAUUUUUUUUUUAACCAUUACAGUAAAGCCUUACUAGCCAUUUUCUAAAUAAUAUGUAAAAGCAGAUUAGCACAAUGCAGAAUUUUAUUUGUUAAAAAACAAAUUCAAAGAUCUAAUUCCUUCUAUUAAUUUUAGAUUUCAGCAAACCAAUUGAUCAUAAAAUCCAAAUAAUCUUAUAACCUGUUUUGCUAGUGGUUCCUCUCAGAUUCUGUUGAAGAAGCAUAAUAUAAAUGUUGGUGAGUCUUAGACUGCUAAUGGAUGUGUUUAUAUAAUUCAAAACACUCAGGUGUAUGGCUACAUUUAAAAAAUUGAUGGAGAAGUUUGGAAAAUAAUGCUGACAAUAUUUAAUCGAUCAUGCAGUUCCUUCAAUUAUGAUGAAAAGACUUGAACUUUCUGAAAUAAAAAAAUAGUCUUGUUUUCUUUGUAGUAUCAAUAUCAGAUAUAAUUUCUACAUUUAAAUUCUAAAACUUGAGAGCACAUUUACCUAUUUUUUUUUCAAACCUCUAUAUUUGAAAAAACUAUCGCUUACUUUGGAUUUAUAGCUUUACAUGUUUUUAGGCAUUUACAUGUAUUAUUUAUUGUACAAAAAUGUGUGGUUGUGUAAUUUAUGUAUGUAGUUUUUCUGAACCAGCAGCUUCACAACGUUACUUUGUGAGAUGAUAUAAAUUGAUAAUAUUCUGUAAUUAAAUUUUACUCUAGGGGUUGAUCUGUUGAACUAACUAUUGAUGAAUUCCCAAAUUUGCCUGAAUUAUCGUAAUUCAGAUAUAUACAAUCAGAGUCUUUAAAGAUAGGGGCCUAGGACGCUGCGUUUUAAAGGCAUGCCCAAGAGAGUCUGAUGUUUGUUUAGGUUCGUGAACCACUGGCUUAAUCCAGUGAUGAUUCUUCCCUCUACUUCUUCAACAAGAUCAAGCACUUGCCAUUCUCUGCCCAUUUCUUCCUUGCCUUCACAACUGACAAACUGCUUCAGUGCUUUUAACAGCCUGGCCCACAGACCUAGGCAGAGAUGUGCUGUAAAAGGCUGCCUGUGCAGCCCUGGUGUCCGUGCCCUCCUGCUUCCUUGGGAAAGCACCUCAGCCUUUACCUCCAGAAGGGGCUGGCUCCAUCUGCUUAAAUGCUUAGGAGUCCGUUCUUGUUCUCCAUCUGCUUUCUGGCUGUCACUUGCGUCACAAGGUUGCUUUACCUAGUGUGGACUUGGUUAGCCUUUGCUCCAGGCCUGUAAUCAAGGACUAACCUUUUGACUCCAUCGCCUAGUUCUGGGCUCCAGGGACCUCAGAACCAGGUUGUCUAGAGAGGAAGAUUGGAAAACUCCUUAGUGAGUACAAUACUCUCUCAGGUAAUUCUUUUUUCAUGGAUGUACACACAUCCUCUGCCUUUUCUUCAAAUUGCUGCCUAGUUAUGUGAGCCUCAAAUCAUUCCUAACUGUGUGGUUUCUAUAGCGCUUCCUUCAUGCCAGACCUUUGCUAAGUGUGUUAAACAUUGUCAUUUAAUCCCAGUUAGUAAAGGAGAGUGGUGCUAAACGGCAUGCUUAAAGCAAAGAAAAUUUGAAGUGAAUCACUGUUAUCAGAUUCUAGGAACUUUAGAAGUGGCUGAAAUUUCCCUUCAGAGUUUAUGCAUAAAUUUAAUUAGAGAAAUUACAUUAAAAGUUAUUUUAUGAGUACCAGUAUGUAGCAUUCAUAUUAAGUAUUUCAUUAUUUUUUUGAGGAUUAUAGUGCAUUUUCUGCUAAUUUUUAUCUACGAUUUGGCUAUUAUUGAUUAAUUAGAUGUUUCUAGGCUAGCUUGACAUCUGAUAAUCAUUUCCUGUGGGAAAAAUACAGCUUAUGAGUAAACUUUUGGAACACAAUGUAUUUGUUUGGAAUCACUUGUCAUAUUUCUUCAAGCGUCUCUUGCAUUAAUUUCUGGUCAGGAUAGAAAAACCUUAGCUUAAAAUGCUAUGCUCUUUUUUCACUUUGAGUUGACAAACUUCCUUUAAUUUGGGAAUCUACGCAGAACAGGAUUGGACAGAAAUACUCAGGUUGUACAUUAACAGAAUCAAAAGAUGUGGUUAUUCAAAACAGUAUGAAGCAUUAGGUACGUAUUUAUUGAUAUAUGAAUAUGAAAAGAUAGAUAUUUGGUUGCCCCAUAGAAAAUUUGGUAUCUGCUCUGGGGAGAUAUUAUAGGAACACAAAAAUGAAGCAUAUUUUAUGUAUGUAUGUCAGUGUGGCUUGCUGAUCCCUUUCAAUUUUUGUGCAUUAAAAAAUGUGGAAAUUUUAUUUUGGCAGAGUUGACUCUUGUCUCUCUCUCGGUCUUCCUUUCUCCCACUUUAGUUGCCAACAGAUAGAAAACUUCCUAGGUGCCCAUGCUGCUUAUUAUACAAUAUAACACUCAGCUUCUGGUUAUAAACUGACCUACAACUUGUAGGAGAGGUGUUUUUGUUUUGCUUUUGUUCUUUUUUGCUGCAUUUUAGAAUGCUGCAUUUGUGUAUCAGAUACAAGUACAAUCAUCUUUCCACACACACACACACACACACAUAUAUAUAUAUAUAUGUAUUUUUAAGACUCUUUAUACAGAGAAAGUAAAAAGUCAUAAAAUUCCCUUAUCUGUAUGCCUCAUUUUUGGUUUAGAAAAUAUAAUCACUUAAGAUCUAUUGCACCUAAAGAUCACUCACGGUCUCUGCUCUCCCUGUCCUGUGUAAUAGUAGGUUUUUCCUUUCUUUGGCUGAUUAGAAUAGGAACUUUUUGAAUAGCAGUAUUUAAAAUUCGAAUGUACCUAAACAGAUACCUUACACAACUAUAAUUUUUUUAUGAAAUGCUCAAUUAUCUUUAGACUUCAAAAUGUUUUGAAAUAAGAAAUUUAAGAAUAAUAUCUCUUUAACAAACAGCUGUUAUGAAACACUUGAAAUUUUUUUUUCUUAUAUUUUGAAUUUAAAAUUGAAAAUACCUGUUUGUUUUAGUGAAGGGAAAUGAUGCCAGGAGAGGGAUAAUUAAAACUGAAGUAUCCAUCGAAAAACGGUUGAGUUCAUAUUCAUCACUGGACAGUUAAAACAAUUUGCUUGUCAUGCUGUCUCUUGUGUUUGAAUCAGUACAAAAGUUCAUUUGGGCUUCAUGCUUCACCAUAUACUUUCCCUGUAUAUAGUGCCUACUAUAAAAACAUAUUUAAAUUAUAUUAAUUUUUCUGGAGAGAAGAUAGGUGAUGAAAAAAAUGCUUAUCUUGCUGUUUGGUAGGUGGAAUAGUGGCUCCCAAGGGUGUCCGUGCCCUAAUCCCUGGCACUUGUGACUACGUGGCAGAAGGGACUAUGCAGGUGUGACUGAGGGUAUGCACCUUGAGGGGGGACAUUAUCCUGGGUUAUCUGGGUGGACCGAAUUUAAUCACAAGAGUCCUUAGAAGUGGAGAGCCUUUCAGAGAGACAGAAAUGACAAUGGCAGAAGAUUAGAGAGAUUCAUUAUUGCUGGCUUUGAAGAUGGAUGUAGUAAGGGCAGCCUCCAAAAUGGAAAAAGCAAGGAAACAUUCUCCUACGGAGUUCCCAGAAAGGGAUGCAGCCCUACCGACACUUUGAUUGUAGCCUGGUGAGACUCGUGUUGGACUUCUGACUUACAAAACUGUGAAGUACUAAAUUUAUGUUGUUUUUAAGCUAAUAAGUUUGUGGCAAUUUGUUAUGGCUGCAGUGAAAAAUCAGUACAUUGCUCACUGUGUGUACUGAAAUAAAUACACAUACCUUUGAAUUGAAUGUCAGCAGAUCACUAAAAUUGGAGAUCAUCUAAAUUGUUGCCAUAAAAGGAGUCAGCAGAUAAAAACGAUGUUAUCAAAAAUGGUUAUGGUGAAAAUAUAAAUGUCAAAAGUACUUGAGUCUUAAGAAUAUGUGACUGUUCAUUUCUGUAAUAGUAUCUGAGCUGUUCUCACUCAACAGGCUACUUACAGCACAGUAUUACCAACAUAAUUGAUUAUGUUCUUCAUUCUAAUUGUCUUUGAAAGAAACUGCAUUAAAUUAUACCCACAAAACCUAA